CGAGUACCGGAGCUAUCUCUCGAUCUUUUCUGAUCUUUUCCUUUCUCUCUUGUUUUUUUUUCUUUCUUUAUCCUCUCUUUUUCUUAAUAUUUUCCCACUUCCCUUAAAAUAAGCAAAAGCUAAAAAAUAACUGUUUAAUUUGAUUAUUUUUAAUAUUUUUCUUGUUUUCUGUUUUCCUUUUGUUUCCCUUUGAUGUGUCUAUGGCUGGUUUGGAUUUAGGCCCUUCCCCAGCUCGCUACAUGCACCACCUUCAAAGGCCGGACUUUAACCACCAGAGGCAACAACAGCAACAUCAUCAACAACAUCAACAGACUGAUUCCGAUGACGACAACAACCAAGCCGGACAGUACUCCGGGGAUCACCAGGACGAUGGUCACCAUCAGGGCCUCGAGCUGGUGGCCGGCAACUCAGCGGGACCUGGGGACAUCGUGGGUCGGCGACCCCGAGGCCGACCCCCAGGGUCCAAGAACAAGCCCAAACCACCGGUCAUAAUCACCCGAGAGAGCGCAAACACGCUCAGAGCCCAUAUUCUUGAGGUCGGAAGCGGCUGCGAUGUGUUCGACUGUGUCGCCACCUACGCGCGCCGUCGACAGCGCGGGAUCUGUAUUCUAAGUGGCAGCGGGACCGUCACCAAUGUUGUCCUCAGGCAGCCAGCUGGGGCAGGAGCCGUAGUCACGCUUCAUGGGAGGUUUGAGAUACUCUCGCUCUCUGGAUCUUUCCUGCCACCGCCGGCCCCACCUGGUGCAACCAGCCUGACAAUAUUCUUAGCCGGUGGGCAGGGCCAGGUGGUGGGAGGUAGUGUGGUGGGGGAGUUGACCGCAGCCGGGCCAGUCAUCGUCAUAGCGUCUUCGUUUACUAAUGUUGCAUACGAAAGGUUGCCGCUGGACGAGGAGGAGCAGCUCCAAAUUCAGCAGCCUGCAUCGCAGGAUUCAGGCGGUGGCGGUGGUAGCGGAGGUGUGGGGAACAAUCCAUUUCCGGACCCAUCUGUGGGGUUUCCUUUCUUGAAUAUGCCGCUUAAUAUGCCGCCGAAUGUUCAGUUACCAGUUGAUGGAAAUUGGGCGGGGAAUUCAUCUGCACGAGGUCCGUUCUGAGGGAAUUGGAGUUCAUCAGGAUGUUUGCUGUAAUGUGAUAUUUCGGAUAGGAGUAUUUUAAGGGCUUUAUGCUGGAGGCUUUUGGAUCGAUCAGAUGGUUAAAGGUCAGAAAAAAUCAUGCUGUCAUGAACAUGGUUAUGUUUCUUCUUUUUCUCUUUUCUUUUUCUAGUUCUUGUUCUUCGGUUGUUGGUGUGGUGACUACUCUUAAUUUCUACUUGAUCUUCUUCUACUGCCAAUUCCUUUUUCGGAUUUUGGUCUCUUUGAUUUCUGGGCCGGAGUAGUAUUCUGUAUCUUACUUCUUAAUAUUAAAUGGUUUGAGGAUUCAGCUUUCUAACAACAUUUGUGUAUUAUUAUUAUUGUUUAUAUCAUUUGGUUUAGAAACUGGCA